AUGAAGUUUGCAUUGCCUGAUGACUUGGAUUUCUCUAAUGGACCUGCAUCUACACAAGUGUUGGUAAACUUUCCCGUCUCUAAUGCCUCAAUUGAACCGAUUGUACCAAAAGUUAUCAAGCCGCCCAGUCUAGAUGAUGUGAAUGUGAUGUAUAAACUUAUAACUGCGCAAACUAAUGACUGGAUGCAACAGAAAGCGCGUGGUAUGGCAAAUCAAACCAGCGAUAGUGUUGCUUCAAUUCAACGUGCCAAGGAUCAGUUGGACUCCAGCAUUCAGGCGUUGACAGAUAUCUUCAACAGUCGAUUACAUUUACAAGCUCAACAAGUGGAGAAGGUUAUACAAGAUGAGAAAGAGAGAAUGAGGUUAGCUGAGGAAGCAGAGAGGCGAAGAUUGGAAGAGGAGGAGAGACGAAGGAAGCUUGAACAGGAACGCAUACAAAGGGAAGAAGAAGAGCGUCGACGAAGAGAAGAAGCACGUCGUAAAGCAGAGCAGGAGCAAAUAGAAGCUGAGCGCAAACGGAAGGAAGCUGAAGAGUUACGAAAGAGGGAGGAACAGCGCAAGCGCGAAGAAGAAGCUCGAUUGAAGUCUGAACAAGAAGCAAAGGCUCAAAAGGAGGCCGAGAGUGCAAAACAACGUGCUGAAGAACUCAAAAAGGAGCAAGAGCAAUCGACAACAAACUUCAAAUCAAUAGAGAAGCAAUUUCUCAAAUAUAAGCAGGAUAUACAAGAUAUCAAAACCCAAGUUGUUGCAGCAUUGGACUCUAAUAAAGAUUUGAAGAAACAAGUGAACCAAUACAAACGUAAAAUCAAUCCCAAAUUUGGUCAAUUAUCAAAUUCAAUGUCGCACACAAGAACAGUAAGCAUGGAAGUUUACAAUCUUGUUGUACCCACCCAAUCAAACGAGCUCGUCUAUAAAUGGAUCCUCAACUUCAUUGCAAAAGCGAUAAUCGAUCAAGCUGAAACCGAGGUAAUUGUGAGGCCUGUUGCCGCGAGACCUUUGGCGACAUUAGCUUGUUUCUUUCUUGAAAAAUUCCCUGAAUUUGAAUAUUUCCUCACUGCGAGGUUCAUCAAGAAAUGCCCCUACAUACUUGGCUACACAUGCAGAAUCGACUCGGAGGAAGGGAGGAAGAGAAUGGGGUGGAAGCGUAAUCAGGACGAUAAGUGGGAAGAUGAUGUGAAAUAUGAUGAACGAGUAGGCGGGAUUUGCACAGUGUGGGCAGUGAUGACGCAUCAAUCACAAGCACAAAUUGGCAUAUAUUCAUACAGAUCUUCUUGGCAAUUUGCAGCAAGAGUCUUGAACACUGAUUUGAACUUGAUCAGAAAUACUCAUUUUGAACUAUUGGCUAAUUGGUGGGAGGCAACCGGAAGUGAUUUUGCGAAUGAGUUUGGUGUUCAAAGUAAGAAAUUGAUGUUUGUGAUGGUUGGUGUUUUUGUUGAUGCUGUUGCUGAUAAAAAGUUCCCUGCUGCAGCACGGUUGAGACUUUUGGGUGAAGAGUGGCAAACCAAAGGCGUGAUACAAGGAUUGAAACAGAUGGAAAGUUAG